CACGUGCAUCACCGCGUACCCGGGAAAUUUCCAUACCGCCGCCCCGUUUGUCCUACGCGCGAGAGCGGCGACGAAGCGACGGCGAACGUAACGGGCGCGCGGAAAGGUCGCGUCGCGCACCGUCGUCGAUCACUCGGAGAAAUCGGAGGGAAAAUUCCGACUCGCGCGAACAACACGACGGGCGCCAUUCCCCGCCGGCGCGCAACGGCAAUCUCCCGACGGACAUCGGUGUGAACGCGCGAUCCGAUCGGCUUUUCCCUGUGAUUUUCUCCGCCGCCGACCGCAGACGCGAAUCGUCCAUCGAGUAUCGCGAUCGCGCGAUUCCUCCGAUCGCGUAACCGGAGCCUCCACGGUCACGUUCCGUACGCGUGAUUGCGGGAUUUUCCAAGAGCCUUUGACUUUGCGUCUUUGACUUCGAUCGAAUCGACAAAAAAAAAAAAAAAAUACAACGAUCAAAAUGGCAAAUGAGCCUGAUAUGCCCACCUUCAAGUGUGUGCUGGUCGGCGACGGUGGUACCGGCAAGACCACCUUCGUCAAACGACAUCUGACUGGCGAGUUCGAGAAGAAGUAUGUCGCUACCCUGGGAGUCGAGGUCCACCCGUUGAUCUUCCAUACCAAUCGUGGACCGAUCCGCUUCAAUGUCUGGGACACGGCCGGCCAGGAGAAAUUUGGUGGCCUUCGCGACGGCUACUAUAUUCAGGGACAGUGCGCUGUUAUAAUGUUUGAUGUUACAUCCAGAGUAACAUACAAAAAUGUACCCAACUGGCACAGAGAUUUGGUCCGCGUCUGCGAAAACAUACCGAUUGUUCUCUGCGGAAACAAAGUUGACAUUAAGGACAGGAAAGUAAAGGCUAAGAGCAUCGUAUUCCACAGGAAGAAGAACUUACAGUACUAUGACAUCAGUGCAAAGAGCAAUUACAACUUCGAGAAACCCUUCUUAUGGUUGGCACGCAAAUUGAUUGGAGACCCAAACCUCGAAUUCGUCGCUAUGCCUGCACUGCUACCACCAGAGGUUACCAUGGAUCCACAAUGGCAGCAACAAAUCGAGAAAGAUCUCAAGGAGGCUCAAGAAACAGCAUUACCAGAAGACGACGAAGAUCUUUAGUUUAUUUAAUAUUGGGAAUGGCCUUCACACACAGGGAGUAAGGCCUAUUACACGGGUGUUCCUUGGUUGUACCUGUGCACUCGUACAUCUUCAUAGAAAUCGAAGAUUCUUUCUUUUAAGAAAAAAAAAGCAAGCAGUUUACAUGCAAUGUUCAGUUCGAUGCUUUACACUGAACACAAGCAUUAUGAAUUCACACGUUACACGUUUACACAUAGCCUUAAAGAUGGGUCGCUUGAAUGCGUUAUAAUGUGGAAUGCGCAACAUAUGUGUGGUUGUGUAUGCGAAUUUGCACUUGAAUGUCUAGAUUUUGUAAAAUUCCUAUGUAAUGAAGGUGAUAUUCUGUCACACAAAUUUAUGAAUUAGAAAUGGAAUAAAAUAUUGGCGAAAUUGAAAAGAAACGAGUUGUGAUCAGAAUUUAUAGCCCGUUUGAAGCUGACGUAAUAUGAAAUAAUCGAAAAAGAAUUAAUUGCAUUUUCUGAUUCGCUCGUUUGUAUAGAUGUGCGUGCGUGCGUGCGUGUGUAUGUACAUAUAUACAUAGAAAAUGGAAUUGUGUAAGGCGUGCUGUAUAUUGAACACAAUCGCGCUAAAGCCCACUUUAAGGCGAAUCAAAAAUAGUGUUGUCUAUUUUCGAUUUGUUUUGUUUUUAUACUUUCCUAACACAGUAUAAAAUAAAAGCUGCCAAUUCUGAAAUAGACGAACAAUUGUAAGCAAAAAUGCUGUCGUUCAAGUGCACAGAUUAUGCUAGCAUCAAACAGAUAACUGGACAGAUUACGCUAGUACCAAACAAAAACUUCCUUCUCGAUCCCUUAUUCUAUAAUAAUCAACCUAAAAACUGAAGCUCGGUGCAAGUCACUUCAAUCCCGUUAGGACAACAUUUUUGCUUUCGAUUAAAUACAAUUGUAUACAGUAGAUCAGCAUGCAAUGAAAUUAAAUUUACAAGAAAGAAUCUUGCGAUAUAUACAAAAUUAAUAUUAGAAGUCACUCUUUAUAUACUUAAGUAUGAACAGCAGAACAAAACUGGACUGAAGUAUCAUUAAAAGAAAAAAAUAACUUAUGCCAUAUAUACACUUUCUUGAUAAAACUGCUUAAGGAACUUAUUAGUGUGUGAAUUGAAGAGUACGAAUGUUGAAAGAACGACCAUCUUGUACGAGUAAACGUCUCCCGUGGUGUAGUGGUCUUCUAUUUUAAUGGAAAGAAUGUUUCGAGAUUGGAGUGAAACACACAGAUUCGUAGCCUGUUGUGUCUGCCCGUUUCGACGAGGGCUGUUUGCUAUUUUUAUAAGCAAAAGAUGAAUGUAUGAUUGGUUCAAUUUAAAUUAUAUGAACAGUGUUUCUUUUUCUAUACAAAAACCGUUCUGUCAAAGAAUAUGUGAAAUCGUUAACUUUUCCCAUUGAACUCCUUGGUCCCAUUAACCGAGGAAUCCUGAGAUUAAAAGAGAAACGCGCCACGCGCGUGUUUAAAUUACACCGCUGAAUCUCUAGCAUAGAAAGGAAUUAGAAAUGACACUGCAACAUGUAUAUUUAAUUCUUGUAUACUUCUAAUAGCGUUUCAUUGUUCUGCUUAAAGCAGAUUGUAUCGCGCUGAUGUAUGAACUUUAAUAAAUUAUCAAACUGUUUCUAAAGUCA